CAGACCAGGAGUUGAUUCAGGACUGAGAGGCUGGUAGCCUAAUAUUUAGCAGGAAGGGGAGGCCUCUUUAACUACAGGAAACUGAAAGUCUACUCCUAUACGGAAAGAGGGAGGAGACUGCGGCGGCGGCGGCAGCUGGUGGGAGCGCGAUGUGGCAGAGGGGCCGCCGCCGACAGGGAGGCGGGGGGCCCGCGAAGCUCAGAGCUGGGGAUACCGCCGCCAUCCUCCUCGCCUACCCCGCCACCCUCCUAGACGCGCUCCCCGCCUACGGAUCCUUCCCUCCCAGCCUGUGCAAACACCCGGCUCGUCUCCCGCUGAUCCUCCUUCGACACAAGCUCACCGCGGAGGCAGCAGCUAGGUGUCCGAUUCGGGCACGUGAGGCCCGGGAUCCGGGGCGGUGGACACCAGGCAUGAAGACCCCCAACGCACCAGAGGCCGAAGGGCAGCAAACCAGGGCAGCUGUGGGCCGGGCCACUGGGUCGGCAAACAUGACGAAGAAAAAAGCCUCCCAAAAGAAACAGAGGGGCAGACCUUCCUCCCAGUCCCGCAGGAACAUCGUGGGCUGCAGAAUUUCACAUGGAUGGAAGGAAGGUGACGAGCCCAUCACCCAGUGGAAAGGAACCGUUCUGGAUCAGGUACAUCCUGGCCAGUCCAGCACACAGAGAAGCUGUGAUGGAAGUUUGUGCAACUCUGUUUCCAGGAACACUCUUGCAACUCUGAAGGCUUGUCUGUUUGGACUUCAAAGAAGAACAAGGUUCACUUAUGCCCAAUGGAAAAGAUCAUCUACCUCAUAUCCAGAAGACUGCAAAAUACCAUUGUGCCUCAUUGUCUCUGACUAGGUUAUGUGCCUACUCCUAAAACAAUCACUCUAAUGGUAUUUCAGUGCUCUGGAAGUUUACACUUAAGUUGUUCCAAAGAGGAAAAUGAAGGCACUAUUACCAGAAGAACUGUGAUUGGAUGCUAGGCUGCAAUUCCAAAUGAUAUUGCAAUUCAACACAUUUUGCUGCUCAGAAUUUAUACGAACCCUUCUUGUCAUAUAUACUCAUUCAAAAAAUGUCUCCACAAAAGUGUUCUUUCAUCAAUUACUGAUGGAAUGGGAAUUGUUAUCAGGUUUGGAAAAUACCUUUGCAAGAGUAACUGCUAUUUUAACUUCUAAGGCAAUAGAUUAGUUUGACUGUUUUUGAAGUUUAAAUAAAUUGUAAAGAAAACUGUGUGCCCUUUUGUUGUCUUCAUUUCAACAUACUUGUAAGAUUUAUUCAUGUUGUUAAAUGUGGUUGUAGUCUCAUUGUAUGAAUAUACCAAAACAUAUACAGUCUACUGCUGAUGGACAUUUGGGUGAUUUCCAGCUUAGAGCUAUUAUACAUGGUUGAACACAUCUAUUUUAUAAUAAACUAUUGGUCUUUGGAUUUUAGUGAUAAGAACCAGUAAGUCAAGAAACAUUCAUUGAAGAAACAGAAACUGGAUGAAAUAGCAAAAACUAAAACUGCCAAGGCAACUGAAAACUAAGAAUAGAGAAAAUAAUUACCCACCUAAGAUAUAGGGGAGAAGAGGUUCAAGAGAGAAACAGUGAGUUUGGUGAAUGUUUUUCUCUUGGGGAAAUUAAUCCAUUCUAGAAGGAACUGCUAAAAGGCUUAGAGCUCAGAAGACGUUAUGACUACUUGUUGAAGCUAAGGAUACAGAAAUUGGAGCCCAGAGCCCUGGUAAGCCCCUUUCACUUUUGGUUGGGAUGCCAGGCAUAAUAUCCCAGGAGUAAAGGUUAAUCAGAACUAAAUAAACCCUUACAUAAAGGAAAGUGUAUCUGCAAAUAGUUGUCCAAAAACAUUGUAUGAACUUUCAUUUUCAUCAGCACUACAUGUGAAACUCUUUUUUCAUGCUCAAUGACAUUAAUAUUUUAAUGCUUUCUCAUUGAUUGUUGAGUCAAGAUUCUUAUUGAUCCUAUUCUCCCUUUUAGGAAUUAUUUUAUUGUUUUAAGCUUAUUCUGUUAACAUGCAGCCCAUCAAAUGAUUCAGCAACUAUUCACUUGAUUCAGUACCUAUUAAAUAUUCAUAUUGUUCACCUCUC